AAAUCAUCCGGAUUAUCAAUUAUUGCUUAAAGCACAAUCAGAAAUACAUUCAUUAGCUGAACAAAUUGAUCAAGUACAAAAAGAAGUUGGUUCAACUGACUUAACUAUUAAUAAUAAUUCAUUAGAAGUUGUUCAAGAUAUUAUUGAAAAUUUAACUGAUUUAGUCAAUGCUGAUCGUUAUUAUAUUCGUCAUGAUCUUGUUACACUUCAAUCACCAUCGGGAUUAAAAAAAGAUCGAUGUAUCUUUUUAUUUAAUGAUCUUAUUAUAAUAACAAUUUGUAAACGAAGAAGUUCAACUUUAACUAAAAAAACAGCUAAUUCAGUUAUUGUACAUUCUCCAUCUGGAAAACAAUAUAUUGAUAAUGCAAAACAUAAAUUAAUUAUGAAAAUUUCACUUGAAAGUGUUGAUCUUGCUGCAGAAAAUAUAAAAAAGAGAAAAUCAUCAGUGUCAACUCCUCCAUCAUUAAUUAAAUCAAAUUCAAGGGGAAGUAGGAAUUUUGAAAAACAUCGAAAUCUUGAAGAAGAUAUAAUUACUCUUCGACAAAUGACUAAUUUAGCUAAAACAAUAACUGUACCUCAUCAGCAAUUAGAUGAUUUAAUAAAAGAAACUCUUUAUAAUGUAAAUAAACAAUUAGUUGAUGAAACAACAUUAUCAACAACAAAUAUUCAAAAUUCAAAUCAAGAAUCAACAUUUACUUCUGAUAAUAUACAACAAAAAUCGAAUAAUAUUCAAUUAAUUAUACAUACAACAGAACGUACAGAAAUGAUUGAUGUCAUUUUUUCAUCAUCUGAAGAUAAAAUAACAUGGGAAAAAAGUUUUCUUGAAGCUAAAAAAAUCCUUUUUGAAGUUGCUGCUGGAAGAAGAAAUAUUAGUUUUCAACAAGUUCUUACUCUUCCAUAUACUCGACCAGGAAGUCAAUUUUCAUGUGGUCUUAUUCAUUCUUAUUCUGAUGAUUUAUGUCUAUGCUAUACUGAUGGUGAUAUUUAUUUCAUCGAUAUUCAGUCUAAUCUAACAUUAAAAAGUUCUCAUAGAAUUCCAAUAUCAGGAAUAAAUUGUAUUGGAUAUAUUCCAUCAAAUAAAAUUCAUCGAAGAGGAAAUUUAAUUAAAAAAGAUGAUGAUAAGAAUAAAUCAAAUAUAAUUUGUAAAGAAGAAUCAAAUGAUUAUGUUAAAAGGCGAACAAUUGAUUCAUUACUUGAAAUAGAUUCAAGUGAUGAUGAUGAUCAUAUUAAUAAUAAUGAUAUUAUAUCAUUUUAUGAUUUACCCUUUCAUUUAUCAGAAACUCAUUUAAAUAAUGAACAACCAGAUACAAGACAACCUACAAUAUGGUUAGGAACACGAGAUGGAAGUUUAUUUAUAUAUGAAUCUUCACAAAUAAUUAAAACAAUUGGAGGAAAAAAUCGAAUAUUUAAACAAUUAAAUUCUUCAAUACAUUCAAUAUUAUAUACUGAUAAUAAAGUAUUUCUUGCUUUAAAUCAUGGACAAUUAUGUAUUUUCAAACGAGAUAUAAAUGGUCGAUGGGAUUUUGAUUCUCCAAUAAUAAAAUCAAUUGAAGAUAAUUCGAGAAAAUCUGAUUAUAGAAAUGGAGAAAAUACUGAUCCAAUAUCAAUAUUAACAUUAGUUGCUGGAAAAUUAUGGUGUGCUAUACGAGAUAGAAUAUUUGUUGUUUGUCCAAAUUCAUUAAAUGUUCAACAUUCAUUUAUUGUUGAUGAUUGUCAUCGUCAUGUAUCAAUUAUAGCAACAGGUGGAUCAUCAAUGCAUCAUGUAUGGAUUGUAUCACAAGAUUCACAUGAAAUUCGUCUUUAUCAUGCAACACAUUUUGUUUGUUUAUUUGAAACAAGUAUUAGAACAGCUGUUAUACAAAAAUUACAAGCUUGUGAUGAUAUAAUUCGUGAUCAUAAAUUAGGUUGUCUUCAUAUAAGUACACUUCAUGUUUGUAAAGAAACAUUAUGGAUUGGUACAACUGCUGGAAUUAUUAUUUAUUUAACAAUACCACAAUUAAUUGAUUCAUUAUCACCAACUCAUUUUUAUAAAUUAACAUCCAAUUCUAUACAAUUAAAAGGUUUAACAUAUGGUCAUGCUGGACCUGUUAGAUUUAUAAUAUCAAUUGAUAAAAAUUUUAUUUCGGAUACAGAAGAAGGAACAAUUAUUAAAACAUUUGUUAUUACAAUUGGAGAUGGUUUUGAAGAUUAUCACAAUUAUGAUCAUACAUUAGGAAAAUAUGAUGCUAUAUCACAUAUUAUUCUUUGGAAAAUAUAA